AGAAUUUAAAGUAGGAGAGGAGGGAAAAGAGGAAGAGAGACAGCAGGAAAACAGUCCCUCACGGCUUUUGGAUUUGGGGUGUAAAAUGUGUGAAGUCGUCCAGCCUGUGCGCGUACUGUGCCGGUUCUGAAUCGGUACCGUGAUGCAGCGGGGUGUCGCUGUGGAAGUGAAGCAGCAGAUCCAGACCCUCUGCAGACUUUUGCUGACUUCCGGUCUGAGCGACGUUCCCACUCCGGAGGCGUUUAGACAGGCCAAGUUUGGUGGACGGCUGGACGAGGAUCAGUUCUGGAAGCUCGUGGAAAACCUGAUCCUAGCCACAGGAACCGUUUCCUCCACGGGUCAGGAACAUCUGAAGGCGGAUCGCAGGAAGCUGGUCGCUGCCGGUCUGUGGCAGACUGGAUACCACGCUCCCUGGAUGCUUCAGGAUGAGGCCGAUGGAGGAAGUUUCUCCUGCAGAGACCUUCUUCUGGCAUCGGGCUGGCUCCUCGCUACAGGAAGUCUUGAGAAACUGUUAGUCCAUCAAGUUCAACAGCUAGACAAGAUGCUACUGACGCCCGUUUUGGUGAAGUCCAAGCUUUGCCCUGAGCUCCAGUUUGAUGCUGCGUCCCUGAGAAGACUUCAUUGGCUCUUUGGGAGUUUAAGACACCAACGACGAAGCCUGCUUUCCUUGCUCCGUGUGCGAACUGGAGCCCUUUACAAGGUUCUUUCUGCGAGUGUUUGGUCAUGUGACUCUAGUGGCCAAAGUUCUGAAGCGCUGCAGAAGGACUUGGCUGGUUUGCAGAAACUCUGUGGUCUUCUAGAAUUAUAUGUGAGGUGGAAAGAGGAAGAGAAAGUCUUCUGGACUUGGAUGGACAGUGUGGUGCAGUGUCAUCUGAAAGAGUCUCAUGGCGAGCCGUCUUCACAAACCCCCAGUAGGAGCACGACGGCUUGUUGCCAUGGAAACCAGGCCUGGGAGAAACUGGAGGGUUUGCUUUUGAGCGUUGAACAGAACAGUCGUGCGGAGCGGAAACGUGGAGACGGUGGACGGGGAGCCUCCUCGUCUUCCUCUUGGGGCUUCCUCUCCUCGCCUCCCAUCACUGCCGUGUGUUUGGUCAAGCUGCAGACUGAACGCCAAGCGGGGCGCAGCGGCCGCACGGCAGAGGACCGGCACGAGCUCCCAGCAUGCCGAGCUGCAGAGCUGCUGCGGAGCACCGAGGAGCAGCUGCUGCAGAGGCGGCACAGGCGAAGGCUGGCCAACAGGAUGCAGCUGCAGGACGUGACUGCGAGGCUGGAAGAGCUGCUCAUGAUACCACUCUGAGCCUUUGUGACGCUCAGAACUCGCCUCGAUAUCCUCAAUAUUUCUGUGAAACUCGACUUCCACAGAACAUUAGACGUAGACCUCUGAUACUUGACAGAAACUGUGUCCCAUGGCGUCCGUCACAUCCGUGUACCUCUCUGUUUUGGCGGCAGUUGGUGUAUUUCUGAGGCUCCUCGUGUUUCUGCAGGUAAACGCUGCUCUGGACUCUCGUCCUCAUCGGUCCACAGACCCGGCUCUUUUUUUUUUUUUUU